GGCAUCACCUGCCGACGAUCAAAACCGGCAGAUGAUGACGACGAUAGCGUGCAACCACGACUGAAGAAAAGUCAGAGCGUCGUGAUCGACCGGAAGAACCCGCCUUCCUCCAAUAUGCUGCAAUGGGAUACCACUCCGGCCGCUCACACCCAGGCAUUGCUAGGCUCUGCGACUCCGGCACUCACAAAGGGAAUGACGCUUGAUGAGCUCCCGAGUGAGCACGCUCGUCGUCACGGCUGGGCAAAUGUCAAGCUGUCUCCUGAGGACACUGCUCGUACGCAGUCUGCUGGCGCGAUUGUGAGUGCUCGCAAUGAUGACGGCGAUGACACGGUCCACAAGCAAUUCCCCGCUGGAGACGGCAGUAGCGCAGGACUACCGGCAGCUACGGACGCCGUCAUCUGCAAGGAGAACGCUGACAUGCACACCUUUAUGGUUUGCGGCGCCCCCUUCACGAUUCCGAGGCACUACCAGCUCAUUAAGGUUUGCGGGCGCGGAGCUUACGGUAUUGUGAUCGCUGCCACGAACCUGCGUACGGGCGGCAACGUGGCCAUCAAGAAGGUGAUCGACUGCAUCUGGCACCCGCACCAGCUCAAGCAGAUUCUUCGCGAGUGCCGAUUGAUUCGUCACAUGGCGCACGAAAAUGUGCUUAGUUUGCUAGAUCUGAUCCCGCCGCCAUCGUACACGGACUUCCGCGACGUGUACAUGACUGUGGACCUGAUGGAGAUGGAUCUGCACCGCAUCAUUUACUCGAAGGAAGUGCUUCGCGACGACCAUAUCCGCUAUUUCCUGUACCAAAUGCUCAGCGGUCUGCACCACAUGCACCAGGCCGGCGUGCUGCACCGUGAUCUCAAGCCCAGCAACUUGCUCAUCAACUCGGAUUGCCAGCUCAAGAUUUGUGACCUGGGACUUGCUCGCUCCAAGGAGGCGGAGGACGUGGGGAUGACGGAGUACGUGGUCACGCGUUGGUACCGUGCGCCUGAGCUUCUGCUCGGUAGCGCCUACGGUGAGGGCGUGGAUCUCUGGGCAGCAGGAUGCAUUUUCGCCGAGAUGCUCGGCCGCAAGCCCCUGUUCCCCGGCGAGACGUACGUCCACCAGCUCCAGCUCAUCAUGAACGUGCUGGGUGUCCCAGAGGAGCACUCGUUCAAGGAGAACCCGCUGGCGAACAAGCUCAAGGGCCGCCAGCUCCUGAGUCGCACACAGGCGGUGGCUGGUAUCGACACGAGCACCAUGUUUCCGAACGCGAACCCGGAGGGCCUGGACCUGCUGUGGAAGAUGCUGGUGUUCGACGUGGAGAAGCGCAUCACGGUGGAGGAGGCGCUGCGGCAUCCGUACCUCGCCAUGUACUACGACGAGGAGCGCGAGAACGCCCCGGUGGAGAAGUUCCAGAGCUUCGACCUGGAUGACCUGGACGAGUCGGACCUCAAGGAGCUCAUGUUCAAGGAGAUCUGCCACUUCCACCCGGAGGAGAUGGUCAAGCGUGCCAAGCAGCAGCGCGAGAAUCCCGAGACUGUCGAGAAGCUCCCUCCUGGCUGGGUCAAGCGCGAGUCGCGCAGUGUGCCCGGCAAGUUCUACUACAGCAACCCGAAGCGGGGCAUCAGCACGUGGAUCAAGGAGGAAAUGGAUUAAAAAGUAGGUUGACUAGCGCCAAGAAGCUCCCUAAAGGGAACAGAGUAUGCUGGAAGUGUAUGAAAUGGGGAGUGGUAGAUGAUACAAUAAACUGCUGCGUGUUCAACACGAACUGAGAUUGCGAAAAUUGCUAGUAUGCUUAUAAGAGGUUACACCUUGGCAGAACAAGACACACCCAGGACACGCUCUUAACGUUAGAUAACUUGAACGCCGCUUUAGCUGGCGGAGAGUGCGGCCAUGCCCACAGCGGCGACUGGCAGGUACGGCUUGGGUGACGGCAACUGGCGGCUGUACAGCUUGAUAUCGGGCGAGCUCUGGAAGCGUGCAAGACACGCGUCUUCUUGCUGGUAAGGGCUGGUCAUUGCUCGGCGGAUCUUGAGGCACGAGUGAACCGGCGAGCCCAAGCUGGAGCAGCGUCCGAAGACUGGCCUCAGCAGCGGAAGGCGCGGGUCAUACCUCCGGUCAUCCAGCGCGAAGAGCGGGUCUGACGACGCCCAGUAGUCCAGCUCGCUCACCAUAGUGGAGGACGUCGAGAAGCAGUCUUCGCUGGAGCUGUACAUCUCCAGCGACUCGACGGGGUGGGGCGAGAGGCAGCGCCUGCGUCCCGAAGGCAGGAAGUAGUCUUCUUGAAGCUCGAUUCUAUCCAGGUAGGCCCCUUUGAGGCGCUUCCCGCGGAUGUCGAAGUAGAAGGCGCAGUCGUCGUUCUCCUCCAGCACGCGGCUGUAGAAGGCCGAGAGCAUGCGGCUACCCGACGACGCCGUGGACUUGUUGGACUGCAGCAGGAACGAAUCCCAGCUGAGGUCAUAAGAGACACAAACGCAGUUAGGAAACCUAGUGAUGCCUCCACAGCCAGAGAACACACGUUGCUGCAACGCACUUGACGGGGUCUUCGUCCUCCUCCUCGUCGGCGUCGAGGCGUCCGCAGCUGAAGUUUUUCUGCAGCCGGUCGAGCAGCGAGUCCUCGCUGGGCGAGCGAUCGCGGCGCUGCCGGAUCUCGCUGAAGUCUGCAGGGCAAAAGUCAUUAGAGCAAGCUGGGAAGGAGGAAGGCUGGACGGUAGACGGACCUGGUUCGUGGUCGCCGAAGCACACGAGUACUGCGCCCAUCGUCUCGUGCAAUUGGGAACUGAAGGAGCGCCGCGCGUGAGUGAGUGCGUGAGCGGGAGCUUCUGAGAAUGACGACAUGGCUUGCUGGUAAUAGUCCGAUCGAUCCGAUUGAGGGGUGGGCGCCAGCAGCCGCCUGGUGCACCAGUAGUCAAGUAACUUCAACUGCGACCAAAACAAGGAAAGCCGAACGCCCAAUUUAGCACCGAAGUCGACCAGCUGGGAGGUCAAGAUUGACCCUAUACAAACCACACGAUAUCGGCGUUCGUCGAGAGCCCAAUUUAAGAAAUCAAAUUUUGGGGAGGCGCCAUCGAAAGGCAGUAAUGGAACUGAAAGGACGCGUGGCUGGGACAGCAGACUCAGAUUUUUUAGCGGAAGCGAUGUGCUUCCUGUAGGUUUCCUCACCCCGCCGCCGCUUCUAAGUUGUUAGCGCCCUCUAUUCCGUUGGCGUUGCCGCGUUUCACUGAUUGUUUCUGGUGAACAACGGGCGUUGAGCACGGCAGGCGUUAGGGCGUUAGGCCUCGGGCAGCGAGACGGAGGAAACUCGAAAAAAGAAGCGCUCGCCAAACGUUUCGUGUCGUGUGUCUUUUUGUAGAAAUGCAGUGCGUGGCGCAGCAAUGGCCGAAGCAUGACGCGCCUGUGAUCUAACAGACCGGCAACUACCUGACCUGAUAUGUAUGCGUGGCAGCGCAUUUAACCCCCCGAAAUAGCUGAACGAGCCGCCGUUGCUGCUGCCAGCAACACUUUGAUGGAAAGAGAAGGCUUCCGCGUGGGCGGAGGUGACACGCAGAUGAAAAAAAAAUCGAGAGAAAAGCUGUGGGGCUUCUCCAUCGUUUCGUGCAGGUGCUGCUUGCUUGGCAAUGACGCUCCUAUGAUAACGGACGUGAGGCGGGAGAGGAGGAUGAGCUCACUUUGCUGUUAUCAGGGCCGGUUCAGAAAUUGCUAACUGCAACACCAGAACAGCUUCAGAAGAGGUGAUACAUACAUAGAUAUAUAGAUGGAUGGAUCAUCAAACUAACGACUCAAAGUACACGCUGGGCUCGCAAAACCGGAUGAGCACGGGGCGGGGCGCCGUCUUGAGCAGGUAACGUGUAAGCGCGUACCCGAUCUGGCGCGUGCUGUCGUCGCCCACUGCCACGAUGACCCAGCCCGCAAUCGACACCUCCGGCUCGGGGUCCACCGCCGCCAAAAAGUUGGCCAAGAUGGCGCUGCCCUGCGCCAGAAAGCUCGCACCAGACAUCAAGAAGCUGCUGCUGCCAGUCGAGGAGGCCGCACUGGAUUGCCUCCUCCGUCGGCUGCUGUACGUGUGGCGGUCGUUCGAGUACUUCUUGACCACUGCAGCUCGGCCGUCGAACGACGUCUCGAUCUCGACGCCCAGCGCCGACUCCGGGAACUCGAGCUCCACCUCGUCGGGCAGCAGCUCGACCGGUUUUCUCUCGAUACGCUUGAUGGCGUCCGAGACGAACAGGUCGUAGCACUGCCCCAAGUACCAGUCGGGCACCUCUGGCCUCGCCGAUCCGCCCUCGCCCCCUAGUCGGUGAUAGUUGCGGAUGAAGUCUGCUCGAGUCAUCUUGAACUUGCGCGCCAGCCGCGGGUUGUGCGCGUCUGUGUUGAGCAGCAGCACCGAGAACGCCAGCGUGUAGACGGCGUCCUCGGACGGACACUGCUCGCAGUCCGGGUUGCUGCAGUAGUAGGCCUUGGCGAAGGCCUGCAGGAUGCGGUCGAUCUUCUGCGCCUCGCUGGGCAGCUCGAAGCGACUGAGGUACACGCGGAGAGCGAUGUCGAACGCCACGCCCUCGAACUGGAAGCCGUUGGCGUAUUCGUGUAGCACGCUGAGCGAUUUA